GAACAGUCGUGCGCCGGCUGCGGCAGUGCGGGGUCGCCACGUGAGAGCGACGCGGAUAGUGCGCUGCGAUGGCGCGAUGAAGACGUGCGGCCGCGCGGCGUUUUGCUGGGCCCUGCUGUGCGUCGCUGGCAUCCUGGCGGCGCCGCGCCGCCCUUACUGCGAGCGGGCGGACGUAGCGUGGCGCGCCUACCGGGCCCCGGCAGCCUUCGAGGCCCGCGUCCAGUCGCUCGCCAAAGACGCCGCCACGGUCCAAGUGCGCCGCGUCCUACGCCGCCAGGGUCGCUGGCCCAGGGAAGAUGCCAUCAUCCGGCUCAAACUGCCACUGGAUUCACUCGAGUGCUCUGGACGUUUCGAAGUGCCUUUACAGAAUCGAAAGAACUAUAUAAUUUUCGCGGAGAGAAGGGGCCACGCCGCCGUGGCUCUGGGUCCGCCGUUGAGACGGACCGGCAAGUUGAUGAGGAGGAUACGAGCGGUCUACAAGCCUGGUUACAGUAGUCCCGCACGGAUAGAACCGAUGCAGUCGGUGCGAGCCACCCGGGGCAGCCGGGUGAAGCUGGAGUGCCAAGCGAGCGCCCGGCCCCCGCCACGGAUAUCGUGGUACAAGGACGGCCGGCCCGUCGCUGAUAUUGCUUUAAGAAGAUUCCGGGUGCAGAGUUUCAGAAGGCGCUCGGUGUUAGUGAUAAGGCAUGCGCGUCGCGAAGAUUCAGCGACGUACGAGUGUAGGGCGCAGGGCGCUGUGGGGCCUCCUGCUAUAGCAUCUGCCAACGUCAGUGUUCUGCCGCCCGCCACAAACGCACCGGACACAUCGAUGCUUGGUGCGCCGUGUCCGAUGCCGGACCCUUCUUCCUAUUGCCUCAAUGGAGGAACUUGUUUAUUCUUUGAGCUAGUUCAAGAACAAGCUUGCAAAUGCCCAGAAGGCUUCAAUGGACAACGCUGUGAGAACAAGGACGUGUCGAACAGGAGCAGUAUGUAUCAUUCCUACACAUGCAAACUGGGCCUCUCCACGUCUUACUACUGUUAGCGAGACCGCUACAACCCCCUGCCCACCUUUGUAUUUAAUGUUCAACAAAUAUCCGAUUGCAAAUAAUAGUUAACUGUAAUUAAAGAGUUUACAUUAUGUGUAUCCGAUUAUGGAACCGUUUACCGCCAAAAUAUGACACUUCAAGCAUUGCCAUAGCCAAAAAUAUAUUUAUAUCAUUUAAGACUGGAAUAGACUAAAACCGGUAUUCACAAAGGUCACUAUAUUUUUAGGAUACUUUUUUCGAUUCCUAAUAAUCAGGGUCGGCUUUAAUGGCCUUUUACAGAAACUCUGUUUCUCGUAAUUGACACGAGACAACAUGAUGGUUCUUUAUAAUCUGUAGCAAAAACUAUUAGCAAAGCUUUAAGUUAUUUUGUAGUAAAAUAGCUGGCCCAGUGAGAUUAUAUUUAUAAGGAUAAUUGCAGAAUUUUAUUGAUAGUCCACGUUGGGAAUUUUACAGCGUUGUUGCAGUCCAUUGGCGCAUUUUGAAAACCCUCCCAUAUGUAGCUAGGUAAAUUUAAAAAUGGCUUAUAAGAAAAUUAUCGUCCGAUUUUCGAAGUUGUAAAUAUUUUACUGUAUUUUGCGAAAUAUUGUAUUGUUAUUAACGCGUAAGGUUUGACAUUAUCUUAGUAUAUUUUUCUGAUGAAGAGACUUUGAGUUGUGUACAUAUCUAUUAGGGUAAGGCUUUUAGGAUCAUUUCCCGACUAUACAGAACAGAGUAGUUUUUUAUUAUAAACUCCGUUGACAAUAAUUACUAUUAGUCUUCUUAAUGCAACAAUUUUGGAAUUCAAACAAGCACUUAUUUUUUGUAAAGGCUGUCGUUCAAACUCCUAGUCAGAAUGCAGUUCAUAGUAAUAGACUAGAUAAAUUAUAUUUAUAGGUAGAGUAAAUAAAUGAAUGACUAAUGUCGAUGACAGAUCCUAUAUCAAUUUUCCUACUCGCAGUGAAUGAAUGAGUUGAAGUCUAUGUGCUGUUUGCGACGAACGUGUUUUAAUUAAUUUCAUUUUGUAUAAAGUUUUUAAGUCCAUUAUUUAUAUUAAAUGAACUAGAUUUGUCUAUUUAUUAUAACAAUGUCAAGAAAGGGCUUAUGGUGACGUCAUAUGCUUUUCUACUUUUAUAACAAAAUAACCCAUAGUUUUGAACUCAUCACAAGGCGUCACUACUUUUCUUUAGUCUCACAACAAAUACUAAGCAACACAUCUAGUUAGUUAUGUAACAAAUAUACCAAAUUUCAAUAAAAGAAUGAGUGUUGGAAUUAAUGAGGCGAUAACUUUGGUUUUUUAUUCUCGAACUAUCCCAAACCCUUCAAAAAUCUAUGGAAUUAAAAUGGAAAAUGGUACGUAUAUCUGGUCAAAAUUAUUUCUUUACGUGCACUUAACUUCUUAUCCGCACUCAUGUCGUAAAAUGAAAUAAUGUAACGCGUUUUCACUGUUUCAUGUUAAAAUUCGUUACAUUUUUUCAUUUGUUAAUCUAAAAUGACAGUUCUAAUGCUUUCUCUACUAAUUGUCUAUGGGAGCAUGCAUCAUGCAUGUCUAUGGGGUAAAAUGUGUACUUACUAUUUGUUGUGAGAUAAUUAUAACAAAAUAACAGUGCAUGGUAGUUUGCGAAUUGCUAAAAUAUUUUAGGAAUAAAGCACAAUUCUUUAUGUACGUACAAUAUGUAAAUAAGUUUAAUGUACCAACGAUAUGUUCCUAAAAUAUUUUUACAUUUUAGUAAGACCUAUAAAAAUUAUAUUAAUUUCUUAUUUUCUAACAGGUCUCGGUGAACGACUUUGGUGAACGAACGAAUGAGACUUCGGUCUACGAAUGAUAGUUGCACGGACCAUUCCUGACAAUAGUUUAUAGAGUAAUUUAAACUGCCGUAUAUUCUUAUAAUUGUAACUAAAUAAAGACAUGCUUUGUUUAUUAUAAGACGAAAUUGCUAUUACAUUUUCUUCUUGAAAAUUCAACAAAAAAUUGUGUUUUUCACAUGUCUUUAAAUUUGCCAGUUCUAUACCAAUAUUAGCUGUAUGUUAAUUAUCCGCCUCAGAUAUACUCAUAGAUAAUCGCCACAGAAAGUACUUAAUUAACAUAAAAUAAUAAAGGCUGCUUAAAAAAGGGAUUAGUAUUUUAAUAAUAAAAAGAAACGAAUGUAUCAUUAGAAGACAUUCACCAUGUAGCAGCCAUCGAUAAAUUCUCUCAUAAUUUUGACUAAACUGAAUCAGCGCCAUCUGUUAGAAUAUUACUAUUUAACCUUAUUUUGUCAAACUUGUUUUCACAUAGGCCUAUAAACGAAAGUUAGUUAAACAAUUGUUAAUUUUGCGAUGUAUGAUAUUUUGUUAUAAUUUGUACAGUUAAACGUAAGUUUAGUUUUAAUUAAAUUAUUUUUGCAAUAAAAAUCCUUUUGAAUGUAUGCGAUGAAAUGACUCGAAAACAAGCUGGUAUUAAAAUCUAUUUUUGUGCUAGAAUCUUUCGACUUUCAACUAGUAAACUGUUACUCGGUAUCGGGUAACACUGAAAUAUUUGUCCAUUAAUUUUUAAAUAACUUACCGAUUGAGUAAAAACUCAAACGGCAAACGUUUGAACUAAUUGUGCUUUUUAUGUAUCCGUUACUAAGUAACGAGGUUUCGCAACUGUGCUAUUUCAAAAGAUAUUAGAACUUAUAAACGUUGUAUGUUAUAUACAAGUAAAAAUUACUCUGGAGUAACGUUUCUGCAAGUUAAAACCCGUUUUUUUUUUAAAUUUCAGGCUGGUGUAGAGCGAGCACCGCCUAUCAGAAUGGCCAAAUUAAUGAAUUAGUUUAAAACCAUUAUAUGGUUUAAUUGAUUUGACUUUGAUAUUAUUAAAUUAUAAUGACAAUGGAAGCUGAUACCAGCGCAUUUGCUCCGACAUAUAUUAUAUUUUCCUAUAUUCAAAAAAAUGUGUUAAAAAGUAUUCAGUAUGGCCAGUAUAUCUUUUUACUUAAUAUAUAUUGAAAAUAAGAUAGACACUUCAUAGUUCAUACUUAACCUGCUUGUAAGACGAACUAUUUUGGAAAGGAAAUAUUAAAAUUAACAGGCAAUUGAACAAUCUUAUUCCAAAGACAAAUUAAUAAGAUAAUAUAUAGCAAAAUAAUAAAGUUUCUGUGAGAGAUAAAUGACAAACCAAGUGGCGGAUCUCUUUAUUGUAUCUAUUGAUAAAGAUUUUAUUCUGCUAGCAACAAAAACACUCACAAAUUGCUUUGAGUUUUUCUUCAACAACAAAAUCUCAGUGCCGCCUUUGGAAUAAGGCAGUUCAAUUUUAAGUUAAUAUUUAUUAAAUUUUAUAUAAAGCUGCCGAAACCACCUCACGUAAUCUCAUAGUAUUAAGUUGUAAUAAUUGUACAGUAUUAUUUGCUGGAUAACGUUAUUUAUUCUAGCUGUAUUGCUAUUUUGUAGUGCUUGUUAAAUAAACUAUGAAACCUG